CAGUACACAGUAGUGCUGGUUCUCCUUACCUCAACUCUCGCAGACUCCGGGAGGGGCUGACACGGUUGCAUGUGAGUCCUCAGAGCUUGGGCGAAGAGCUGGCGAAAGUUUCUCAAUGCUUCUGUGAAACAAAAACCGAGUGUCCCCACGGUUCACGGGGCGGUGUUGGAGCCGGUGAGAUUUUAACGGUACUGGAAUGAGGCGACCAUUGCAUCAAUCUGACACCUCUGCUGUAAUCUUUACUCUGGAUCCCACCCUUUGUGUGAACAAUUGGCCACUUUGGGGUUACACAAGUUCCUGCACCACGUCAAAAUCAUCUCCAAUGAAAGGACUGGUCGACCGUAAAUGACUAUAAUAUUCUGAUCUCAUGGUUCAUCUAACAGAAAAGGACUGAAGGGCUUGUAACAAUUGUGAUGAUAGUUGAUGGAAGUAUCUGAAGCUGUAAGUCUUGAAGAUCACACAAGCGGGCAGCAGGUCAUGCCUUCCAGUGGACAUGCCAGAUCUACAUUGCUCCCUGUCACCAAUGAUGGUUCCAAGUCUAACAAUAUACCAAACGGCAUCGGGAAAAGCCAAAAGAAUCCAAAGGACUUUAUCCAGAUCUCUGUACCAGACUCGAACCGUAAAUUUCCACUGGAGUGGUGGAAGACGGGUGUUGCCUUUAUUUAUGCACUUUUCAACUUAAUUAUGACGAGCGUUAUGAUCACUGUUGUACAUGAGAGAGUCCCUCCUAAGGAAAAGAACCCUCCCUUACCUGACACUUUCUUUGACUACGUGGACCGGGUUGAGUGGGCUUUCAAGAUUUCGGAAGUCAACGGGUUGAUCCUGGUUGGUCUUUGGACAAUUCAAUGGUUACUCCUUCGGUACCGGUCAAUUGUGGGACGCAGGUUUUUCUUCAUAAUGGGAACUCUGUACCUUUACAGGUGUAUCACCAUGUACAUCACAACUUUGCCUGUGCCUGAAUGCAUUUCCAGUGUGGCACCAAAGCUGUAUGGGGAUUCUCAGGCCAAACUGCAACGAAUCUUAAAGCUGAUAUCUGGUGGAGGGCUUUCCAUUACUGGGUCACACAUCAUGUGUGGAGACUUUCUCUACAGUGGUCACACUGUCAUGUUGACCAUCACUUACUUGUUUAUAAAAGAAUAUUCACCACGUCGGUUGUGGUGGUACUCAUGGUAUCUGUGGAUCUGCUGGCUUCUCAGUGCAAGUGGAAUUAUGUGCAUCCUAAUAGCCCAUGAACAUUAUAGUGUGGAUGUUUUAGUGGCCUAUUACAUUACAACAAGACUCUUCUGGUGGUACCAUACGAUGGCCAAUAUUCCGACCUUGAAAACCCGCUCGCAGACCAAUCAGUUUUCCAAUGUUUGGUGGUUCCAGGCUUUCCUUUUCCUUGAGAAGAAUGUGCAAACUUCGGUUCCUUGCUCCUACGUGUGGCCUCUCUCAUGGCCUCCAAGCUGCCUGAAGUUGCCAUGUUGGAGAUACUCAAGGGUUCAGAAAUUGUGAAGAGCUCAUAGGACUGAGUUAUUGUUUACUACUCCGCAAUCAUCAGAAGAAGAAACUUUGUGGUUUACAUUCAGUUCCAUCUAAUAAAUUAAUCAAAUAUUUCUCCCAACAACCUGAAUAUGAGCUUAAGAAAUCUACGGUAGUGGGGAACUAAUUUUACUAGUCCUCUUGGCCUUUCUAAUAUUCAUUUAACUUCAGCCUUAAUGACCACAAGGCAAGCAUUUAAGUAAUUACUUGAAUCAUUCCUGAAGUGUUACUUUAUUAGAAUCAGAAGGUAGGAUCUAAAGCUCUGUCCUGGUUGUGAUCUAGGUAACAACAAUAUACACUCAGAUUCUCCGCAAAUGUCGCCCUACCGUGGUAGAACAUUCUACUUGAAAGAAGAUUGGAGUGCUAGCUAUUCUACUGAUUUUUUUUAACAAAUCUAUGCAACAAAUUAUUUUGCACAUUGAGACAAAACUGUGAACUUUGAAAUACCAGCAUACCUGCCCCAUCUCUACAAAAACUGGGAUUCUAUCAUAGCUGAUUGGUAGCUUCAAUGGUUGUAGCACAUGCCAAAAAAGUUGACCAAAAAUAAGAGAAUGAAGGGUCUCAUUCUGGGAGAGCUUUUUUCUCCUUUAUUCUGAAAAUGUAUAAUCUUGAAACAAGGAAAAUAACAUUGUGGGCUCCUCCCUGUGGAAGGUUUUGUGUGUAAAUGCACCACAAAGUUUUCAGUUCAGAUGGGAGAAGAAAACACAGUUGACUUUGGUGCCAUUGAGUGAGGAAAAGGAGAUUCUCAACCAGCAGACUCCCAGCUGCUAUCCAAGGACUGAUGGCAGAAGUGUACACAGUCAAAUACUGGGCAGCCUUGUGAUGUCUUUUGCCAAUCCAUUUGGUUUCAAAUGCUAGCUAGUCAGACUUGCAGAUGAAUAUGCAUGGGCUGAGCUUUGCAGGACUGCCUUUUGUCUGUUACCUUAGUAUGGAAUCACAGCUUUCAUUGGGAAGAUGAACCAAGGGAAGAGGUGGGUGGAAAGAAGUGUUCCUAUUCCAAGACAGGUUAGUUCAAUCUGCAGUGAUUUUUUUUUUGAAACAGAUCAACCUGCUGCUGAAGGUGGAGUUCAGUAGUAAUCAUUAGUUAAUCUUCAAGACUUAAAUCCUGACAGCAGCUGCAAUGUUUAGUUUUGAAGUUUAUUAUCUAAUGUCUGUAAGUGACCAGGGAAUUUGGCAGAUUUUUUUGAUGUUGUGUCUUGAAUAUUUGUUAGUUUUUCUUUUAUCAGCUAAAUUCCAUUCACUAAAAUUUGACUUGUUACAACUGUUUUAACCCAAAACACUGCCCAGAGUGAAAGUAAAUGUGGUGAAUGUUGUACACCAUUUUCAGUACCAGGGAACAUAUACUUUUGAUCCACUAUGAAGAAUCAGUAUUGCCAAAUAUAUUGAAUUCUACAUAGCAUCCUUUUUGCCGAAUUAAUUCAUUAUCAUAUUAUCAAAAUGUUAAUCCACAUGGUCAUUUGUUUGAAAGGAUAGUUUAUCCAUGCCAAGUUUUACUAGUACCAAAUCUCUCAGACAUGCUUACAAAGAAAAUUCUUGCACGAUGUAAUUAAAUAUUAUUGUUGAUCCCUGAGCCAGGAGCAACCACUUCACUUUUGCCAGGAAGAGUUGGAAACAGGGUUGUUCCUGGAAUUGGAGAGGCUGCAGUUUCAUGGACAUAUAUUUGUUUUCUGCCCAGUCGCCUCAGUUACUACCUGAAGAGAUAUGCAUAGAUAAAGAAACAGAAGUAAAGUAGAACAAUGUGAAGGACAUGAGUGAACCCACUCCCACUCCAUCUUGUCUCUCCCUUCUCUGCCAAAAUAACAGACACACACAGCAUUUGGUUGAUAAAACUCUCUCCAGGAAUUGUUUAGAGCAACAUUUGGUAAGCUUUCCUCUUCUCCUUGCUGCUCUUCUGAGAACAUCCUAUGGGAGAAUCUCUCAGUGAUCUCAAAACCCAUGCAUCCAUGGAUGUACAAAAUAGUGAACUGCUGGAGGAACUCAGACAGCAUCGAUGAAGGGAAAUGGUCAGUCAACGUUUCAGGUCAACACCCUUCAGAGACCAGUCCAGAUGAAGGGUCUUGACUUGAAACAUUGACUGUCCAUUUCCCUCCACAGAUGCCGCCUGACCUGCUGAGUUCCUCCAGCAUUCUUUUUUGCUCCAGGUUCCAGCAUCUGCAGCAUCUUGUGUACCCAUGGAGGUGUAUUCCAUUCAAUUGCCCCAAAGCUAAACUGUGGGAAAGGGAAGUCGCCAUAUAUUUACUGGUAUGUCUCAGUCAAUCUUUAUUAGAUUGAUUGAAGGUGGCCUUUAUAAAUGGUGUUUGUAGCAUGUCAUUCGGCCUGCAGUGAAGAGGAAAGAAUUGAGCUGAGUCUCUGUUACCUUUCUUAUUGUGCCCCCCCCCCCCCCGUUUGAUCUCUAAGUGAUCAUAACAAAGAUGAACAUAACAAUGCAGACAUUUCCCUUUGAAAAGGAAAGGUUAUGUAGAUACAUUUCCUAUUUUGAGGAAUGCAGAUAAUUCUGGAGGCCUUUGAGACUUGAUUUUGAAACUCCUUAAAGAUUGCACUUAGCUAUCACUGUACCUAAAUGCUGUCCAGAAAGUUGUGCAAAUCUAAAUUCAAAUUGAUCAAAGAAUUUUAAGAAAUCUACAAAGAUUUACUAGGGGAUACAAUCAUUGGUAUUUUUAGUAUUCAAAAAUGCUGCUUUUAUAUUUAAGUAAUCUUUUAAAAUAAUCUUAUGCCUUGUAUUUUAGCCCUAAUCUGUGUACAUACAAACCAUAUAGUGAUUUAUUUCUAUGGACAUGUCACACAAAAUGUUGCAAUGAUUGUGUACAAUAUUUGAGUAAAAUAUUUGAUUUAUUAAAAUGAUUUUUUUCUUGUUAA